AUGAUCGGCUCGACAUAUUCCCUCGUUUUCAUCGCCCUCGCGUCACUCGCUUCCGCCAGCCCACUGCCACUCCCCGAGGAGAAGAGGCAAGCAGGCGGUCUCCCGGCGCUCCAGGCCUCGAUCACGACGCUACAGCAGCAGCUCGCAGUGACGAACAACACUGUCGUCGCGUUCAGCUCGGACGGGAUCAUCGAUGGGCUCACGGGGCUGAUCAAGGUGAACUCGGCCGUCGUCGAGCUCGGAGAUGAUAUUACGGAGACCACGAGUAUCGCAGGCAACACACCGACACUGAGCGCUACAGACUCGACGCAGGUCGGCGUUCAGUUCCUAGGCGUCCAGCCGGACAUCACCACCCUGCUGAACAACCUCGCCGCCAAGAAGCCCGACUUUGACCAGGCCGGCCUCAAGCUCCUGGAUGUGAGGAGUCUGAUCAGGGACACCAUCUCGAUCCAGCAGGAGGGUGCCGGGCAACUGGGAACAUCGCUCAUCGCCGCGCUGGACCCGAGCAUCGCAGGAAUCGCCCAGCCGAUCAACGACCAGAUCCAGGGGAACUUCACCGCGGCCGUCAACGCGUUCCAGGGUCGCGGUGGCGCCAUCAAGAUCCCCACCAAGCUCGUGCCCGCGCUGUCAGACAUCCUCGACGGCCUCGGCCGCGCUCUGGGAAUCAGCGAUGAUGACAGUGCGGCAGGCAACAAGAAGGGCAACAACGCGGCCGCGAUCGACACCAAUUCCAACCUGUUAUUCCCUCAGAUUAGCCAGAGUGACCUGGACCGUCUGGGCCCCGACGAGAAUGACUGGUCGUUGGUUCCGUUCCCGGUUGCCGUGGUGCUGAGGAGAUUCGGCUUUUAG